GACAMUGCUCUCAUAAUUUCGAAAACUCCUUUCCGUAAAACCGAAACCUUCAAACCRAACCCAACUAAAGUACCAAAGAAAUACGAAAUAAAUCAAUAACUAGAUAAACAAGCAAUGAUAUUUAAUCCUCUGUACAAUUCGAAAACGAUCCUCUUGGUCGUUCUUGCGCUCGCGAUCGUCGGCGUGCCAUCGAUCGACGGGUUUGCUGCGCGUCCGCUUCCCUCUUCGUCCCCUAGAACCAACAACAUCCGUCCCGGUGCCCGGGGGCACGGCCRCACCGGAGCCGCUUCCCUGUUCUUUGCACCAGUGGCACCCACCGACAUCGUAAUAGACUCGUCGUCUCUCUUCCGGGCCAAGUGCGCCAUCGCCAAGACGGCSGGCGGCCUUCUCGGCGAGGGCGUCCGGCAACAGGCCAGCCCGGACGACAUCGCGGCCCAUGCCCUCACCGACGGCUCCCACCUCCUCUCAGACCUGCCCUCCGUCCUCGACGGGACGGUCACCACUAGGAAACGAUMAGCUAAGAACCUCCGGCUACAGUACGCCCAGUUCGYGGGCAGACUCAUGGCCUUUGCGGUGGGCUUCCUCCCCCACCACGGAUUUCCGGCGGAAGAGGUCGYKGUGCAGAUGGUGCUCCUGGGCGUGAACGGGAGGCCAAUCCUACGAUCGAUCCGGCUCCUCCAGAGCGUGAGAUGUGGCCAAGAUCCCGACUGCUGCUAACGGGCACAAAGAAAGYGGUCCGGCAGGCGCGGGGGACAAGAGGGCAACAYAUCACAAUCCAAUCCAAUGCAAUACAAAAUAAUAGACAAUAUACUAAGAAGAUAGAAACCUAUAGAAUACAUUCAAUAUACAWCA